AAAAAUGCAAAGGGACAGGAGUUGUUUGACCAGAUUGUGUAUCAUGUGGACCUUGUGGAAACUGAUUACUUUGGCCUACAAUUCAUGGAUGCUUCCCAGGUUACACACUGGUUGGACCAUUCAAAAUUCAUUAAGAAGCAAAUAAAAAUUGGACCUCCAUACACGUUGCAUUUUCGAAUUAAGUACUAUUCCUCGGAACCGAACAACCUUCAUGAGGAGUUUACAAGGUACCUGUUUGUAUUACAGCUCCGGCAAGACAUUCUUUCAGGGAAACUGAAAUGCCCGUAUGAAACUGCUGUUGAACUAGCAGCUCUCUGUCUUCAAGCUGAGCUGGGAGAGUGCGAGCACCCAGAGCACACACCAGAACUCGUGUCUGAAUUCAGGUUUGCACCAAACCAGACCGAAGCAAUGGAAUUUGACAUUUUUCAGAAAUUGAAAGAGUGCAGGGGAAAGAGCCCAGCGCAGGCCGAAUUGUGCUACUUGAACAAAGCUAAAUGGCUAGAAAUGUAUGGUGUAGAUAUGCAUGUAGUUAAGGGAAGAGAUGGUUGUGAAUAUGCUCUUGGACUGACACCAACAGGCAUAUUGAUCUUUGAAGGAGCCAACAAAAUAGGCCUAUUUUUUUGGCCUAAAAUCACAAAAAUGGACUUUAAAAAGAGCAAACUAACACUUGUGGUUGUAGAAGAUGAUGAACAGGGCAGAGAGCAAGAGCACACGUUUGUUUUCCGGUUAGACAGUGCCAAAACGUGCAAACAUUUGUGGAAGUGCGCGGUGGAGCACCAUGCUUUCUUCAGAUUGCGAGCCCCAGCAAAUAGUAAAUCGAGUAGAUCCGACUUCAUAAGGCUGGGAUCACGCUUCAGAUUCAGUGGGCGAACAGAGUAUCAAGCAACGCAUGGGACAAGAUUACGCAGAACUAGUACAUUUGAAAGAAGGCCCAGCAAGCGAUACCCAUCUCGGAGGCAUUCAACUUUUAAGGCAAACAAUCCUGUGAAAGCAGCACAACUGUGUGCUAAAAAUACUCCCGAAGUCCAUAACUACCAGCCACAGUAUCAUCCUAAUAUACAUCCUGCUCAGCCACACUGGCAUCCACAUACACCUGUGAAUGUCAGGCCACCCUAUCACGAUGACAGGCCCUAUUGGAAACCCCCCACAAGUGGAGAGGACAGCAAUUUACGGUAUAUCCAGGAACAGAACCAGAAGAAUUUAGGAGGAGCCCAGAGUCUGGUGUUCCAAGACAAACUCAUGACGACUCUCUGAAAAACAGUCAUCUUCAUUUCACCUGCCAUCUUAGACCAUCAUUGCAUCCCGUGCUCCUUGUCCGUCUGCAGUGCGUUCCAAGUGUACCGCGCCUAAAGUGUGUGUCUCUGUACGUACACCCAUCCCUGCUUGGUGUUCGUGGACGUUCUUGGGAAAAGGACUUUCUGAAUCUUUGUAAAAAAAA